AUGGCGUUCAGGGCACAGGCACCCCUACGGCUGACCUCCUACAGGGCCCAGACCCUGGGCUGCAGAGCUGCGGUGGCCGGCGAGCCGGUACUGCCCUUUGUUGCCGUCCCCCAGUAUCCUGUCAGCUCAUGGAUGAAGCUACUUUCAGGAAAGGGGUUCAACUGGGAGCACCUCCACCUGGAGGUGCACCGGGCCUUCCAGGACCUGGGCCCCAUCUUCAGAUUUGACAUGGGCGGGAAAUGCACCGUUUACGUGAUGCAGCUGGAGGACACAGAGAGGCUGAUGCAGGCGGACUGUCGCUUUCCACGCCGCGGCUUCCCGCAGCCCUGGCUGAGCCACCGACAGCAGCGCGGGCACAAGCGCGGCGUGUUCCUGCUAAAUGGCCCUGAGUGGUUCGCACAGAGGAUGCUCCUGAACCCCCAUGUGCUGGCACAGCAGGCCGUGCACAACUUCCUGCCCAUGCUGGACAGACUGGCCCGGGAAUUCUCACAGAUCCUCCGCGCCAAGGUGCUGCAGAACACCCGCCGCUGCCUCACGCUGGACAUGAAGCCCAGCCUGAUGCGCUUUGCCAUGGAAGCCAGCAGCUUGGUCCUGUUCGGGGAGCGGAUGAAUCUCCUGAGAGAGGCCCCGACCCAGGCCAAUGAGGACUUCCUGUCUGCCCUGGAGUUCAUCUUCAAGUCCACGGUGGAGCUCAUGUACCACCAGCACCAGAGCCUGUCCCAAUGGACCAGCAGCGCCCUGUGGAGGGAGCACUUUGAGGCCUGGGACUUAAUCUUCCACUACGCCAGCAACUCCAUGCAGAGGAUCUACCAGGAGCUGUCCUUGGGCCACCCACAGCACUACAGUGGCAUCGUGGCCACACUGCUAGCCAAUGCAGACAUGAACCUGGAACACAUCUGGGCCAACUCCAUUGACAUGACUGCCGGAAGCGUGGACACGACAGUCUACCCUAUGCUGAUGACCCUCUUUGAGCUGGCUCGAAACCCGGAGGUGCAGCAGGCCGUGCGCCAGGAGAGCCUGCGGGCAGAGGCCACCAUCUCAGCAGACCCCCGGAAGGUGCUGACAGAACUGCCCCUGUUGAAAGGAGCCCUGAGGGAGACCCUGAGGCUGUACCCAGUGGGCCCCUUUCUGGACCGCGAGCUGACCUCUGACACAGUGCUGCACAACUACUGGAUACCCACGGGGACCAAAGUCAGGGUGGCACUCUACUCCCUGGGCCGAGACCCCACCACAUUCGCCAGUCCCGAGCGCUACCACCCCAAGCGCUGGCUGGAGCAGGACACCAACACCAGGCUGCCCAAUCUGGCCUUCGGAUUCGGUAUACGCCAGUGCCUGGGGCGGCGCCUGGCCAAGACGGAGAUGCUGCUUCUGAUGCACCACGUGCUGAAAAACUUCAUGGUGGAAACCCCAAAGCAGGAAGAUUUAGGGAUGCUCUACCGCUUCCUGCUGAUACCAUCCACGUUCCCUCUCCUCACCAUCAGGGCCAUAAACUAG